AUGGGAGUGGGUCCGUCGUGCGCCGCCGUGUGCUGCACGGCGUGCGCGUGCGAGGCGUGCAGGACCGUCGUCGGAAGCAUCAAUCGGAGCACGGCGCGUUUCGCCUAUGUGGUGCUCUUCGCCUUGUCGCUGCUGCUCUCCUGGCUCGUUCGUGACUACGCUGAACCGCUCCUUACGUUUGCGGAAAAGCUAGACCCGCUGCACGUGAUACACGUGCCGGACAGCGCGUGGUUCCAGGAGCAGGCGGUGCUGCGCGUGUCGCUGGGCACGAGCCUCUUCUUCGUGCUGCUCGCGCUGCUGCUCGUCAACGUGCGCAAGGAGUCCGACUACCGCGACGCGUGGCACCACAGCGGCUGGUUCGUGAAGCUCGUCGCGUGGCUGCUGCUGCUCGUCGUCGCCUUCCUCGUGCCGGACUCAGCAGUCUCCUUCUAUGGCUACGUGAGUCGCGGCGGGUCGUUCAUCUUCCUGUUCGUGCAGGCGCUGAUUCUCCUCGACUUUGUCUUCGCGUGGAACGACGACUGGGCGUCGCGCGACGAGCACCGAUGGUACAUGGCGAUGCUGGUGGUGUCGAUCGGCGCGUACGUGGUGUGUCUGGCGCUGCUGAUCGUGCUGGCCGUGUGGUUCGUGCCCAACAGUGACACGUGUCAGACCAACCAGCUCAUCCUCUUCUUCUCCGGCAUCCUCAUCGUUGGCCUCACCGCUGUCUCCCUGCACAACAAGGUGAACGGCAGUCUGCUACCGGCGUCCAUCAUCUCAGUCUACAGCGUGUACGUGGCGGCCACGGCGCUCUGCUCUGAGCCGCGCGACUACGAGUGCAACGGCCUCGCACCGCACCUCAACUCCCUCUCCUCCACGCGCCUCGCUCUCUCCAUGCUCGGCGCGCUGCUCUCUGUUGCCUACUCUGCUCUCCGGGCUGGCUCCUCCACUGCACUGCUCUCACCGCCCGAUGAUGACCAGGAGCUGGAGCACCCACUGCUCCCCACAACUGUCGACUCCGACGCCUCCAAGCCCGACAGCUCCCCCUCUACCACCACCUCCGCAAGCGACGCGGCAGCAAACCAACCUGUGGCAUACAACUACUCCUUCUUCCACCUCAUCUUUGCGCUCGCUGCUGCCUACUCCGCCAUGCUGCUCACGGGGUGGGGCGUGGGGUCGUCGGCGCAGGCAGCGGGCGGGGGCGAGGCCGAGUAUCUCAUUGACGUGGGCUGGGGGUCCGUGUCGGUGAAGCUGCUGCAGCAGUGGGGCACUGCGCUGCUCUAUGUCUGGGCACUUGUGGCGCCGCUGCUCUUCCCCGACCGUGACUUUUCGUAG